AUGAUCGACAACUUCACUAACGCCUUCCGCAGCUCUCGUGAGUUUGCUCAACUCGUGGGUGAAGAGCAGGCUGGGCAGUUUGAUCGACUAGGGAAUUAUCUCUACAAACUGUUAGCAGCGCUGAUACGAGGCAACCGUGAAAAUUGCGCUCAGUUUGCUGCACCGGCUCGCCUCGAUUGGCUCUUCAACCGACUUGAGUUGCAGCAGACCUUUGCUGAAGGCGUGCUUGACGCUUUGCACUGUGUACUUACUGAUUCAGAUGAGGCUCUCAAUUUGAUUCAGGAUCGGCACAUCCGCACUCUGAUCGGACUUCUGGAGAAGCAGGGCAGAGAUCCUCGAGUUUGUCAUGCUCUAUUAAAUAUUUGUUCAAUUUAG